UCAAUAUCCCUGUUUUACUUUAGUUUUACCUAUAUUAUACUUUAUACAAGAAGUUUACAAACGCAACAAAAUGUCUGUAGUGACAUACGAAAAGCCUAUGACCCAUAUCGGCUUAGCCGAUUGGUAUGCCAAACAGUGGAUGCUACAACAAAACAAUGAGAUUCGUCGAAACGAAGCCUUCAAUCUUCGGCACGAGGCUCGACAACUCAGAAAUGAAACACAAAUACGUACAGAUUGGGAUACUUAUCAUAACAAUGUUAGACUAUCGGAGCGAGUCACGCAAUUCGAUAGAGUUCUCUAUGAGCUCCGAGCGAUGUUAGAACGUUUGAACAAAGAAAUGGACAUGUUGAAGAAAGAGAAGUUCGAAGCUGAAAGAGAUUUGGAUGCAUUGGGAAUUCCGAUGAGCGUCAUAUCAGAAUGCAUUUCAAUGAGAGAUUGCAGACUUGGCGUAGAACUAACCUACGAUGACGGAGAUACAGAACUGAAAAAGGAGUUAUGUAUUGUGGAGGGUGUUAAAAAGUUGUUUGUGGACAGACUACAGGCAACUUGGGAGAAAAUUAAUAAGAUAGAAGAGUUGAGGUUUAAAAUUAAUUUGGAAAUUUCAGACAAGUUUGAAGCUUCUGAAAUUGAUAGAGAACAACUAAACCUAGAUAAAAAUUGCGCCAAUAUUACUUUUAAAAUUGACCCUCAACGUAUAGUAAAAAAUUCUGUAACUUAUGAUACGUGGCUUCAACAUACCCAAUACAUAAAACAAUUGGCUGACUCCGAACUUGUGGACACUUAUAAGUUUAGAGAGGCCCUCUUCGUAGUGCGGGAGAGAGCUAGAAAUGACAUGAUUGCUCAGCGUGAUCGCGUCGAUUUUACGCUCAGAAAAAGGAUUUACGAAACCCAAAAGGCACGAAACGAACUCGAGUGGCAACAGUUGAAAAUGAAAUCCGAGAUGGAAAAUGUUGUGAAGGAAAUUAAGACUUUAAAUGAUCAUCUCCAAGCCAAAACAGAUGCCCUUAAGUUAUGCGAAACUCGACUUGAAAAUAGAUCCUACAGACCAGGUUACGAGUUGGCUAUUGAUGAGGUUGAAGAAGGAUUAAAAGCUGAAGUUUUGCAGCUAAGAAGUAGUCGUCAAAUGUUGACCGACAAGAUCAAUUGUGCUAAAUCAAUUUUAAAUGCAUUAGAAGAUCAACAAGUGCUUAUUGAUGAAGAUCUUGGCAACAAGAAUCAGUCUUUGAUGUCUGAUGUUCGAUGUUUGGAUAUGCGAAUUAGAUUGAGACAGGGUGACAUGACUGGACCAACGACUGACACUGACAGAAACAUCCAACUAACUCAUAUGGAAAGUGAAAUACCUCCCGCUUAGUAUUCCAUUGUUUACACAUUAUUACACUUGUCAAAAUUCAAGUACGAGGAGUUAAACUAUUUCUAGUAGAUGGGAUGGUCAAUAAAUUUUUGUGUGUUCUAUUAGAUUGCUUAUGAUUGACCGGAUAUGAUGAUAAAUUGAGCUCUUUUAAAUAAUAUGUAUUAUCACAUAUUUUGACUUAGCGUUUUUAUGAAUACCCUAUAUCAUUGUAGAGCUAUUAGUGAAUCGUACAUAAUAUUUCUUUGUCACAUAACAAUCACAUUGUUUAUUUUGCAAUUAUUGCAAUAUUUUUUUCUGUAUCAAAUGCUUGUGUAAAACCACACUUAAAUGAAGAUUGUAUAAAUAAAAUAAUAAUUAAA